AUGGCGUCCUCAACCUUGCCCAAGAUUACCGUUCUCGGUUCCCUCAACAUCGACCUUACCUCCUAUGUCCCCCAUCACCCUCUUCCCGGCGAGACGAUGACCUCCAACGCCUUUGCCGUCUCGCCCGGUGGAAAGGGCGCCAACCAGGCCGUCGCCUGUGCGAAGCUCUCGCGGGCCCGCGAUCACGCCACCAACUCGGAGUCCACCGCCGCCAUCGUAUCCAUGGCUGGCGCUGUUGGUGACGACUCCCACGGUUCCCUCCUUCUCUCAAACCUUGCCGCCCACGGCAUCGACACGUCCCAGAUCACGAAAGACACUGCCGCCACCGGCACGGCCAUCAUCAUUGUCGACGAGCCCACGGGCCAGAACCGCAUCAUUCUCUCCCCCGGCGCCAACCACGCCCCCGCCAUCACCUCCCUCUCCGCCCUCCCCCAGACCACGCCCCCGGACCUGCUCGUGAUGCCUCGAGAUCCCUCUGCCUACAGUCCUCGCUGCCCUCCAGACCGCCAAGACGGCUGGCGUCCCUGUCCUCCUCAACCCAGCCCCGGCCCAACCCCUCCCCGCUGA